AUGAUUAAGUGUUUGCCCAAAGAGGUUCAGGGGAAACUUCGCUCCGGUGUCGCCAUCCCCUCCCUUCAACAGAGUCAGGAUGGACAUGGAGGCGUUCAAAGUUCAGAUGAUGAUGGUGAGAGCUCCAAUUCACUUUCUUCAUUGUACUCGAAAUGGAAAAAUCCUGUGUUUGUCCGACCUCCUAUGGUUGGUGUGGACAUAUCAAAUGGGCAAGCUGAUGGACUGGCUGUAAAGAUCCAUAACAUCCUGUUUCCAUACCGCUUUUCUAAGACCAUGAUUCACACAAUGAAGGUUAUUCAUCAAGUGGAUAAGAAGUUUCUUGCAUGUCUUAUCGAUACAAGAGACGAAGAACCUGCAGCGCACACUGAAACUGAAGGAAAUCUUCUGGUGCUGGUGGAUCAACACGCUGCACACGAGAGAGUUCGGCUCGAAAAUUUAGUUGCAGAUUCCUAUGAGGAUGACCCAGAUGCAUCAGGGGAGAGACGUCUGUGUUCCUCAACCAUCUUGCCACCUCUUGAGAUCAAUGUAACAGAAGAGGAGCUAAGGCUGCUUAGGUCUUGUCAGGCAGAUUUACGGAAAUUGGGCCUGGAAGUGAAGUUCUCACAGGCAGCAGAUCCACAAGUAUUUGUGGGGAAGGUACCAUUGUGCUUCAUGGAAAAGGAGAGCAAUGAGCUAAGGCGAGGGAGACCAUCUGUUAUCAAGCCUAUAGUUGAGGAGUAUCUACGAGAGCAGAUUGAGUUACUCCGCUCAACUGGUAGAGUGAGAGGAACUUUGCCUCUCACUGUGCUGAAAGUGCUUGCCUCCCUAGCAUGUCACGGUGCCAUCAAAUUCAAUGACAGCCUGAGCAGAGAUGAAUGCCACAGCUUGGUAGCAUCCUUAUCCUCCUGCCAGCUGCCCUUCCAGUGUGCCCAUGGUCGUCCUUCCAUUGCUCCCCUCGUAGACAUCCUGCAUUUGGACAAAGACCAGAAGGAAUUACAGAAACCCAACCUCCAAAAGCUGAGAAGAAUGCAUAAAGCUUGGGAACUAUAUGGAAAUAGAUAAGUGGGUGUGUGUUUUAUGUUAAAUGUCUAAAUUAAAUUUAAAUUGUCAACAAAAUGA